AAAAGAUGACUAAGGUAGUCUAUAAUUUCCCAACGGAUUUUACGGACAAUUACUGUUUCGUUUUACUUUCAACCGAAAUUUCCGGAUUUUUUUGGCUAAAUGGUAAGCACCCAUUGGCCCUUUGCUGUGAUUGGUCAGUUAAACUCAGACGAAGGUCCUCGAAAAAUCUGACGACUUUGUACUCUCACGAUCAUAGGUGAUAAUAUCCGGCCUGUAUUUAUUGGAUAUAUAUUUUAAAUGCCAAGACUUUUUCAUUCCAGGCAAGGCCCGUAUUUAUAAGAGUCGCUAAGAAUAUGUACUCAGCUGCAUCUUUUAGUAAAUAGGACGACGAGGAACAACAGAAAGUUCUCAAAUUCCAUGUAAAUAUAAGGGCAUAAAAUAGAGAACUGAAAAUAUUUACAGAAAUUGCAACGACUCUGGUGUAAUUGACAAGUCACAGGUAUUUCAUAGUAGCGUGACAUUUAACUGUCACGCAACACUCUUCUUUUUGCGUUGCGUGACAAUCCGAACAAUGACUGCAAUGGAUGUAUAUGAUUGUUGUAGACUUGUUGCGGUAAACAUUAUCUGUACUCUGAGAGAGUUUUGCAAAAAGUAUACAGUAAAAUAAAAGUGACAUUAAAAUACGCCUGCAGUUUUGCUUCUCUACAGUUAAUUCAAGUUUUUGGGUUCAGUUUUGUAAUUGGCCAAAUAUCUGACCUGCCCCACCUCUGCAGGUGCUCUUCUCCAGCGUUUGUUAUUAGCUAUGUGACAAAGAAAUGUUAAAUUUGACACCUGCCAGAUUCGGUGACACUUGUGCAGACGUCGAAUGUUGUUGCAGUUGGAGUAGAAUCACCGAUUAUCUAGCCAGCUUUGUGCAUACCAGCCUAGUUUGUAGAUCAAAAUCACGUUGCAGACCGUCUUUUUUGCAGUCCGCGUAGGACUCUGUGUCGUGAACGUUUCUGGACGAAGUGCAGAUUAGUCAAAGUCAAUUUAAUCUCCAGUCGUUCUUCAAAGAGCGGCAAUAUAGGACACAAUGGCUGACGAACGCUUCAGCAUUAUCGACUAUGUUGUUUUCUCCGUGAUGUUGCUGAUUUCGGCGCUAAUCGGAGUAUGGUAUGGUUGCGGACCUGGAGGGAAACAGAAGACAACUGCUGAAUAUCUUCUGGGAGACCGACAAAUGAAAAACUGGCCUGUCGCGAUAUCCCUUCUGGUGUCGUAUCUCUCGGCCAUAACGCUUCUCGGGGUACCGUCCGAGAUUUACACCUAUGGAGCCCAGUACUAUGUACUUAUCAUCUCUUACUUUAUCAUCUGCUUUACCGUGGCCGUCAUUUUCGUGCCGAUGUUCAGGAGAGUGAAUAUCACCUGUGCUAAUGAGUACCUCGAAAGGAGGUUCAGCGUUGGGGUAAGGAUGGUGGGUUGUGUGUUCUUCAUAUUAGAAUACACCCUUUAUUUAUUCGUGGUCCUCUACGCACCUUCGCUUGCUUUAGAGGCUGUUGCUGGUAUUCCACUGACCGCUUCUAUCCUCACCACUGGGGUCGUUUGUACUUUUUACACCAGUCUGGGUGGACUGAAAGCCGUAGUGUGGACUGACGUGUUUCAGUCCGCAGUGAUGGUCGGAGGUCUCAUUACAGUUGCAGUCAUCGGCAGUGUUGAAGUCGGAGGUUUGAGUAAAGUGUGGGAAAUCAACGAGCACUUUAAUAGGACCACGUUUUUCGACUUUAAUCCAGACCCCAAGGUGCGAAACACGUUUUGGACAUUAACUAUUGGUGGAGCCUUCACUGCCAUGCCUGUGUGGACUGUAAGCCAGACGGCAGUCCAGCGUUUUCUCGCCAUAAGAUCCUUGAAAGACGCGAAAUGGGCCGUGUGGAUGAACGUUCCUGGUCUUAUUGUCAUCGUCACCCUAUGUUGUUUGGACGGACUCGUUAUUUUCGCUGUGUACUCGGGGUGUGACCUUAUAAAGUCCGGCAAAAUUACCAGCAAUGACCAGACGCUGCCAUACUUUGUAAUCAACAAGCUUCACAACCUGAAGGGUCUGCCGGGAAUGUUCACGGCCUGUUUGUAUGCAGGGGCUCUAAGCACGGGAUCAUCGGCUCUUAAUGCCAUGUCACUGGUGGUUCUAGAAGACAUCAUCAAGAAGAGAAUGAAAGAUCUGACCGACUCGGAUGCCGCUAAAAUUUGCAAGAUCAUCGCGCUGGCAUUUGGUGUUAUCGUGAUCGCUGGAGCGUUUGUAGUCAAGUAUGUUGGAACUAUGGUUUUGCAGCUUGCCUACAGUAUUUUCGGGAUCUGUGGUGGGCCAUUACUUGGCAUUUUUCUGCUGGGAAUGUUUGUGCGCCGAGCAAAUGCAAAGGGUGCGUACGCUGGUGUUUUCACUGGAGCGGCGCUGACCUCCUGGGUGUUCUUGGGUUCAGUUUUCUACCCUCCCAAUAAAUACCCUGGCACCACCUCGGUUAGGGACUGCCAGUUUUAUAAGGAUGCUGUCUAUUACACCACGAACGCCUCGGCGGGUGUCAACGUCACUGCAAAACAAUACAACUACUCGAUGGAAAUCCUCGACGAGUAUGGAGAUGGAUACAUCUACAAUCUUCAUGAGCCUCAUGGUGUUGCUAUCGCAGAUGAUUUUUAUCACAUCUCGUACCUGUGGUUCAGUGCUAUUUCUGUACUGACGUCAUUUGUCGUGGGAAUCUUGGUGAGCUUUGCCUUUGAAACCAAAGAAGACCGCGCUAGAGAAAUCGAUCCCAGGCUGCUUUUCCCGCUGAAGGAGUGGUUAUAUGGGUUUUUGCCAGAUCACAAGUUCUCCUGGGAAAUUGAUGAAAGUCAACCUGAACUGAAGGAUUUUGCUCACAGGGAAAUCGUAGUUGGCGCUGAUGAGGAUGACCAUGGAAAGCUUAGAAAACACCGCGGGCACAGUAUCCUGGAUGAGGAAGUAACCGAACAAAACGAAACAGUGUUCUGAAUGUUUCAACUGAAAUUAAGUACUCCUCGCCUUCCUCGAAGGCUUUAGAAAAAAUUCUUACGCAUAGCGACUUCUCUACAUUUGCUAUAUAACAUUUUUGAUCCUGAUUUUCAUUUUUAGCAAAUAUGUUAUGCAGGCACUCGAUUUGGUUGUGUUAUGGGAAGGUUGACGUUUUUUAUACGGUAAUACAAGUGUGAUUUUUUCAAGUGUGCGCUCUUUCCUUUAUUCUUCGGAAGAGGAUGAAUUGUUUUGCGACUGGGCCAUUUGUAGGCUGUUAAAUAUAUACUGUAAUGUUUAAAUUUGCUGUAUGAAUAAAAAAAUUGAUUUCGUUGCUA